UUGUCUUGCUUUAAUGAGUCUGUGUUUUUCUCUGGCAGCAAAAGAAGGUAAGCAUCCUUUGCUACAGCUAAUUGUGUUGUUACAUUUGGUAAUUUCAGUACCAAUUCCAAUACAUGCCCUCCAAGCCACCUGCCAUGUCCCACAUGCCUCAGGCCUCCAUUCACAAGCCCCUCAUGGUCUUUGAUGGCUACAGUGCUGCGGGCUGUUUACCAGUCUGACUCCUCUAGUCAAACUGGGCACUCAGCAUGAGGUCACCAUGGUUUGUACUAGCAGCUUCCCAGCUACAUAACCAAUUUAAUGUUUUACCUUGAACCCCAAACUUCGACCAUCCUUCCGGCAUUCCUCAACCGCACGGAAACUUUGCGUUACCUUGCGUUACCCCAAGAUCCCCAAAUAAAAAGAACCAGAAAUGAUCCGAUACCCAUUGCACAUGCUAUCACCAUCUGUAACAGAGUGGUCUUGGAGGACAGAUUCCAGAUGUGUAUCUUUAGUACCACAUCCAGAACUUCAGGGUGUCCAAAGGCAGUGAAUAAUAAUCAUCAUGCCUGUCCCAUGUGUCAUGUCAAGCACCUACCAUAAACCAUGUACAGGAUGUCAAAGGUCACUUCUAGGUCAAAUGAACUGUGGUGAGAACAGUAUCAGAGUAAGAUGCUGGUGGGCAAGGUCUAUAUUCAGCUUUAACUGCUAGCAGCUAUAUUAGCAUAGAAUGUAUUAAUAGAGAAAAAACUGAUGAAGGGCUUGAGAGGAAAGAAAACCUGAACGCCAUUUAAAAGACCUUUGUUCACUGAAUAGAUGUUAUAUUUGGUAUCUGUGGUCCAGGAUUCACAAUGCUGAUUUUAAACCUCUCUUAAAACAUAUCAGUCAGGAUCAGGGCUGUAAAGACUGUCCAAUCGGACCUCAGGCUAGGAUUUCUUAUGCCUGUUUCUCUGUUUCACUGUUAUGAGUGUUUCUCAAGGUCUCUCCAGUCUCGACCUGCACGAUUUCUGGAAUCUGGAAGCCAGAGCACAUUCCCUUCUGCCAUGGAUGCUUUGGGUUCUGACUCACAGACAUUAUUAAGAUUAAGAUUAAUUUUAUCGAUCCCAGGGGGGAAUUCAGGCAUACAGGAGCAAGAACACUGUAGCGCUGAGGAAUGUACACACAGUGCAAAACAGACAAUGUACAAAUGCACCAGGCUGCACAUAGUGCAAACAAAGUAAAUGUAGUGCAAUCGGAUUUUAAAAACGGCACAUACAAAAUAUUAUGAAAAGGGAAUAUUGUCACACUAUAGUAUUAUUAUUUGAUACGGGACGGGAUUUUACGAUCGGAGGUAUGCUUCUCCCCGCCUGGCCCCGUGGAGCCCCGUGGAGCACCCGCCGCCAGGGAUUCUGAUCCAGUGCGAACCUUCUCCACAACCACCCUGUCACCACAGAAACUGUGCACCCUCCACAGACACCGUGACCCCUGGCUGUAGUGCCUUGCAUCGUGUCCCUCGUGCUGCCAUGGGUGGUCAAUGGCUGAGCUGGCUUCUCAUCUGUGUCUGGCUGGUGCAGGGCCGCCGUGGCAGACUGCGAGAUCCGCAUACAGAGUUUGCCGUCAAACUCUACCAGGCGCUCGCCGACGUAGACAGGGGCUCCAACCUCAUUGUGUCACCCCUCAGCGUCUCCAUGGCCCUGGGGCUCCUGCAGUUUGGGACCAGGGGACGCAGCCUGGCCCAGCUGGAGGAGGCCCUCGGCUACAACGUCAAGGAUAUGCAUGUACAGGAGCUCCUGCAACAUGAUUGGGGGGAUGCGGGUAACUCCAGUGGGAGAGUGGCAGUUCGGCUGGCAUGUGCCCUGUUCAUCCAGCACGGCAUAUCACUCCUCCCAGACUUUAUCCAACAUGCAUCAGCAUGGGGCAACAGCAGCUUGGUUCAAACAAGCUUUAAUCAGCCGAACCAGACUCCCAGCCAGCUAGAGGAAUGGAUCCUCAAAAAUGCAGAUGCUGGCACUGAGAUGGAUGUACGAUUGCCCAUCUGGAGUGACUCUCCAGAGUGGGCGGGGCCACACAUGGCACUGGUGAGCACACUGGCUUUCCGUAGCACCUGGCAGAGGUGCUUUCAUCUAGGGGAGGAGCUGCCCUUCACCUUGGCUGAUGGCAGUGUCACUAAGGUUCCCAUGAUGCACCAGCUCACAGAGGCCCGCUUUGGCCAAUUCCAUACUCCCAUGGACCUGAGGUACACUGUCCUUGAGCUCCCCUAUCUGGGGGGUUACUUUGGUCUUCUGGUGGUUCAGCCCAGUGACAGAAAGAUACCCCUGUCCCAACUGGAGACACAGCUCAGUGGACAUGCUGUGACCAUGUGGCACUCCAGCCUGCACAAGAUCAAGAUGGACAUCUUCCUCCCAAGGUUCAGGAUCCACAGCAGGUCCAGCCUGAGAUCAGUGCUACCCUCACUUGGUGUCUCUGACAUCUUCGAUCCCGCAGCUGCAGACUUCACAGGGAUCUCAGCUGAGGAGGGCCUCUAUGUGUCUGAGGCUCUGCAGGAGGCCGUGGUGGACGUCAUGGAGAAUGGGACCAAGGCAGAGGCGGCCACAGCGGUGGUCCUGCUCAAACGGUCACGAGCGCCCGUGUUCAAGGCAGACCGACCCUUCCUUUUCCUCCUCAAACAAGUCAGCACAGGGACCAUUCUGUUCGUCGGGCGUAUGGUGAAUCCAGCAUAGCAGAAACUGUGACAGCAAUAGUCACAAUAACGUGAAACCACAGAUAUUCAGUCUGACGUGCACUGAAUCAGUUACAGCAAUGUUUCCCAACCUGGUUCUCGGGGAUGCCCAAACAGUCCACAUUUUUGCUCCCUCCCAGCUCCUGAUGACAAAAGUCUGGAAUUGGGAGCAAAAACGUGGACUGUCUGUGGGUCCUUGAAGACUGAGUUGGGAAACACCGAGUCAGUGUGAUAACAGCUAUGUAAAUAUUUGUGAAUAAAAUUAUAAUACCUGUU